CAUAUGAAGCUGAGUAUGCACUAAGAGAAGUACAUAAGGGAGUAUGUGGGAGUCACGUAAGAGCUUGGACUCUAGCCAUAAGGUACUUUGGCAAGGAUACUAUUGGCCCAACAUGCAAGAGAAUGCAAAGCAAUUUGUGCAGAGGUGUCAAAAAUGUCAGUUCUUCGCCCAUCUUACUCAUCAACCAGCUAAAGAACUCACCAGCAUGGUUGCACCCUGGCCUUUUGCUCAAUGGGGAAUAAACCUCCUGGGCCCUUUUGUCAAAGCAAUAAAGGGAUCAACGCACUUAGUGGUUGCUGUUGAUUACUUCACUAAGUGGGUGGAAGCCCAACCUCUCUCUUUUUUGACUUCAAGAAGAAUUGAGGACUUUCUCUUUAGCUCAGUUAUUUGCAGAUACGGGAUAUCGAACCAGGUUAUUGCUGAUAAUGGUCCCCAGUUCACUUGUAACUCCUUUAAGGGUUUCUGCUCCAGCAAUGGGAUUAAAUUGGUGUUCACUUCUAUUUAUCAUCUCGAGGCGAAUGGAAUGGUUGAAUCAGUUAACAAAGCCAUCUUGGAGGGAAUCAAGUCGAGAGUCGGUGACCUAGUCCUCAGAAAGGCUGGGCUCAGAGGGUUUGAGACUCGCUAUGGCAAGCUAGCACCAAAUUGGGAAGGCCCUUACAUUGCAACUGAGAUCCCACACCCCGAUGCAUACAUUCUCCAAGAUUCUGAAGGCAAGAGAGUGCCUAGGGUUUGGAAUGUUAACAACCUUAAGAAAUUCCACCCUUGAAAGUUCCCCACUUUACUAUCUGUAUUAGGCAUCUUUUUGUAACAACUAAUGUUCUAAUACAAUUAAAGAUGAAGU